GGAAUAUCAACAAAUCAUGAAGUCCUGAGACGUCGGGUCGCUUCAUAUCGAAUUAAGACUACCAUGUAGUUCUUUUAACACGUGUCAGUUGUGGCUUCAGGAAUGGAAACAUCAAGAACACAUACCACCUUUAUUUUAGGCUUUAUAAGCGGUUUUUUUGUGAAACAUCAUGAAAAAAACACCAACUAACAGUGUCAUUUUUUCACGAUUUGCUAAAAAAAAGAACAAGCAAAAUUAUUAUUUUUAACGUCCUCACUUAUUCAAGGAAAUUGUGACAUAUCGUGAGAAAGUUGUACGUAGGUCAGGAAAAGGGUGAAUAUGGCUUUCGCAUCUCGAAAAUUAAACAGCAAGUUCAGAAGAGAAACUGAUGAAAAAUGCAGAUUGACAUUCCAAAGAGAGUUACAAGUUACAGGUGAUUUUAUUAGCAGACUUGGGUUAGACCAUGAACUACAGGGUCACCAAGGAUGCGUUAAUUGUCUUGAAUGGAACGAUAAAGGAUCAUUACUAGCGAGUGGUUCUGAUGACGUACAGGUGAUAGUUUGGGAUCCCUUCCUACACAAGCCAUUAUCUACCAUUCGCACAGGUCACCAAGGCAACAUUUUCUCUGUAAAGUUCCUGCCUAGUUCCAAUGAUUCUGUGAUAGUAACUGGUGCUGCAGACUGUAAGAUCCGAGUACAUGACAUCAACUCACAAGAGACGACCCAGGUUUUUUCUUCACAUGCAGGGCGGGUGAAACGUCUUGCUGUGGCACCCAAUGUCCCAUUUAUGUUUUGGAGUGCUGCAGAAGAUGGUACCAUAAUGCAACAUGAUUUGAGGACACCAGAGAAAAGUCAAGGUAAUGGUGAUCCUCAGAAUGUCCUGAUCAACCUCAAUGCUCACAUGGGUGGGAGUGCGGAAGCCAAGUGUCUCGCUGUUAAUCCCCUGCGGCCUGACCUGCUGGCUGUCGGAGCCAAUGAUCCCUAUGUUCGUCUGUAUGACCGUAGAAUGCUUAGUUGUAAGAGCAUGAAGCUGCCAGCGGAAUCCAGUAGCAGAUUACCGUGGGAAAUGUCUGAUAUUUCCAUCAACAAUCCACCAGAAGAUUUUGCCUUACCCCAGGGCUGUGUCAAGUAUUAUAUAGCAGGACAUUUGCCCCAGAAGCAGUUAGACUAUAAAAAGCGUUACAGAACUUUGGCUGCCACUUAUGUGACCUUCAGUCCUGAUGGACGGGAGCUGCUGGUGAAUCUGGGUGGAGAACAGAUCUACUUAUUUGAUAUCAAUAAUAACAGGGUUCCAGAAAAGUUUGACAUAUCAAUGGUUUUAGCUGCCAAUGGAAUCGUCAAAGAAGCAGCCUGUUCCCAUAGCAAUGGAUUCAGUUUGCAUAAAAAUGGAACUACAAAUGGUGUGAGUAAUGGGCUACAUACUGCAACAGGGGCCGCGGCGGCAGCCAUGAUGAAGGCAGAGAUGGAAGUGGAGGAGAAACAGCGAGACAUACACACAGGGAAGAGACAAAGGAUGGAGGGGAAACCUCUGCCCACAUUUGUGGAGGCUUUGAAGAAACGUGCCAAUACAUUUUUUGAGAAGGAACAGUAUUCCAAGGCCAUCAUUGCCUACAACGAAGCCAUUGCUCGCGUGUCUUAUGCCUCUGUGUUAUACGGCAACAGGGCAGCUGCUUUCAUGAAGAGGAAGUGGGACGGAGACCUGUACGCAGCCUUACGGGACUGCCACAGUGCAUUGAACCUUGAUCCAAACCAUCUUAAGGCCCACUUUCGCCUGGCUCGGUGUCUGUACGAACUCUCUUGGCCACAGGAGGCCUAUCAUUGUCUCCAACAUUUCAAACACAAAUUCCCAGACUAUGCAAAGAGCCAUGCUUGUGAGGCACUUGACCGAGACAUCAAGGCAGCUUUAUACUCAGGGACGUGUACUCCAGAUGAGAAGGAGGGUAGUGCAUCAUCCGAUUCCUCUGAAUCUCCCAUAAAGAAGAAAGCAACAACGCCUAUCUCUGAUCAGGAGAAGUAUUGGCGGGAUGAGGCGUACGAUUACCAUUCUCGCUUCUGUGGUCACUGUAACACAACAACGGACAUAAAGGAGGCAAACUUCUUUGGCAGUAAUGGUCAGUACAUAGUCGCCGGUUCAGACGAUGGGUCAUUCUUCAUCUGGGAGAAGCGAACUACCAACAUAGUACGAGUAUUAAGGGGAGACGACUCUAUAGUUAAUUGUUUACAGCCACAUCCAACGUGUUGUCUCUUAGCCACCAGUGGUAUUGAUCCUGUUGUCAGACUUUGGAGUCCCCGGGCUGAGGAUGGAACAAAAAAUGACCGAGAGGUUGACAACUCAGAUGAUGCAGCAUUAGCCAAUCAAAAAAGGAUGAACGCUGACCCUCUGGAAGUGAUGUUGAUGAACAUGGGCUAUCGUAUAACAGGUGUGUUUGAUGUUGAUGAGGAGGAAGGGGGACCUAGGAAUGACCAGGCUGUACAGUGCCGACCUAGCUGAAAAUUAAACACCAAUAAAAAUGUAUGAACUUGAUUACAGGUCACUAUGUAUGGGCUUGAUCAGUGUUGAUAAAUGUCGCUUAAGACACGUAGUACACCAACUCAUAAAGAUUUUAAUUUGGAUUUAUGGCAAAGAGGAAGAUAAACAUAUCUGAGUUACCAGAUAAAGCAAUUUCUGACAUAAUAUUCAAAACCAUUUGUUACUUUGGUUACUUUAUUCUACAUUUGCUCAUCUAAUUGCCGUGAUCAUGAUGUCGAGGAUGAGAUAUUGGUGACGUGGACAAUUGAAACAGUGCAUCGGAAUUGCUGUUGGUGAGUGGAACUACUGGCAGCAAUAUUUGGUUUCAUUUCCAAAAUAUCCUUUUGAACAAUUUUCAUCCAGUGUUUUAUUUGAUGUUCUUCAACAUAUUUUUGGACUAAAGAAAAAUAAAUCUUUCAAGGUGUUACAGAAAGUGAAGAAAAGUGGUAUUCUCUAAAAUAUUGAACACAAAGUUAAUAGAUAUUCCAUAGAAUGAUUUGACAUGGAUUGAAAAGAGAGAGAGGGGGGGGGGGGGGGUUGAUAUUCUAUUAAUCUAUACAAAACGUUAAUACAAAGCGUUAUUUUUGUAUUUAUAUGCGAGCACAUGGUUUUUUAUGAGUUGGGUAAUUGAUUUCUUAGUGGUGUAAUUUGUGCAAAAGCAUACUUAUUUUGGUCAAAAGCUGGUUUGUAAAUGAGAUGUAAAGAUGUGUUUGUUGAGAAAUGGCUGAAUUGUAUUGUAAAACGUUAUUAUUACACAUCUACACCAGGUAGAAAUAAUGUCACAGGAAGUUUGUAAUAUGCUCUUUUGAAUUUUAGUUCAAAGAUGCCUUUUGUAAAUUAUUAAUUUUUCUUCCUUUUAAAUACAACAGAUCGAACAUGAGUCUCAAUGUAGAUAUGGAAUUAAUAACAAGAAUAACAAUAAUAAUUUGAUGUGUGUCACAAGCCUAUAGAGGAGUGAAUUGUUUAACAGAUACGACAAUGACUGGAUGUAAGACUAUUUAGCACAACACAUAACUCAUAUCUCUGAGAAUAUAAGCUAUUACGACUUGAAUCAUUUUUCAGUAGAGAGAGAAUAAUGUUAUAUCGUAAAGGUGUCUUCUUUUUAUGACAUGACAUUAUGGUCAUUACACAAAUUGGAGAGAUGUUAAUGACAUGGCAGAACAGGCCAGUAAUGUACUGUACUCUACUGAUGGAAAAGGACAUCAUUAGAAUUCUCCUUAUGUGUUUCACCAUUUGUCACUUAACAUGGAAUCCUAAUUCUGUGUAGGAAAUUUGAAAUUCUCACUUUUUUUUUAAUCCCCAAGAAGUUGUUGCAUACUUUGAAAAUGGAACUAUGGUACUGUAUCUUAUGAAUACUGUAUGAAUGAUGGAUGACCACCCCCUUGUUAAUUUGUCUUUCAUUAUUUGUUAGAUUUUGUUUGUUUGUACAUGUUUAUUGCCAUUGCAAAAGAAUUGCCAAAUAAUGCUGUCCCCAAUAGGAGUUGUGAUGAAGUAGCGUAUAGCCAUGGAAAUCAUACAGAUGUACAUCGGAAAGCUUGUUGUUUUUUGUAUUGUAUUCUGAAUAUAAGGGAACGUGGUGAUCAGAUUUUGUUUAUCUUAUAACAGACUUUUCCCCACCAACAUGACCAAGGUACUUUAUAUGUAUGCAGAAAUUCUUGUUAACAUAGAUAUAUGAUAAAACUGUUUGUCAUGCGUUAUCUUAGUAUGAUAAUAGGCUUUUAUUUACCAGAUAAACAUUUCAUGAUAGGAAAUCAGGUUUCUGUUUACUAGGUGACAUCUCAGUAUAGGAAAUAAGCUUUCUGUUUACUAGGUUACAUCUCAGUAUAGGAAAUAAGCUUUCUGUUUACUAGGCGACAUCUCAGUAUAGGAAAUAAGCUUUCUGUUUACUAGGUUACAUCUCAGUAUAGGAAAUCAGGUUUCUGUUUACUAGGUGACAUCUCAGUAUAGGAAAUAAGCUUUCUGUUUACUAGGCGACAUCUCAGUAUAGGAAAUAAGCUUUCUGUUUACUAGGUUACAUCUCAGUAUAGGAAAUAAGCUUUCUGUUUACUAGGUUAUAUCUCAGUAUAGGAAAUAAGCUUUCUGUUUACUAUAGGUGACAUCUCAGUAUAGGAAAUAAGCUUUUUGUUUACUAGGUUACAUCUCAAUAUAGGAAAUAAGCUUUUUGUUUACUAGGUUACAUCUCAGUAUAGGAAAUAAGGUUUCUGUUUACCGGAUGACAGUUCAAUAUAGGAAGUAAGCUUUUUAUUUUCAUGGGGACGUCUUGGUAUAGGAAAUAAGCUUUCUGUUUACAAUUUUUUUAAACAUCCAAGUUUAGAAAUAAGCUUUCUGUAUACAAUGCAUGCAGCAUCUCAUUAUAGGAAAUAAGCUUUCUGUUUCCCAUGUGGCAUCUCAGUAUAGGAAAUAAGCUUUCUUGUUACAAGGUGAAAACUUAGUAUAGAAAAUAAGUUUUCUUAUUACAAAGUGACAUCUCAGUUAAGGAAAUAAGCUUUCUGUUUCUCAUGUGACAACUCAGUAUAGGAAAUAAGUUAUCUGUUUCCCAUGUAACAACUCAGUAUAGGAAAUAAGCUUUCUGUUUCCCAUGUGGCAUCUCAGUAUAGGAAAUAAUCUUUCUUGUUACAAGGUGAAAACUUAGUAUAGAAAAUAAGCUUUCUUAUUACAAGGUGCGUCUCAGUUAAGGAAAUAAGCUUUCUGUUUCGCAUGGGACAACUCAGUAUAGGAAAUAAGCUUUAUGUUUCUCAUGUGACAACUCAGUAUAGGAAAUAAGCUUUCUGUUUACCGGAUGACUCAGUAUAGGAAAUAAGCUUUCUGUUUACCAGGUGACUCAGUAUAGGAAAUAAGCUUUCUGUUUACCAGGUGACUCAGUAUAGGAAAUAAGUUUCUGUUUACCAGGUGACUCAGUAUAGGAAAUAAGCUUUCUGUUUACCAGGUAACAUCUCAGUUUAGGAAAUAAGCUUUCUGUUUACCAGGUUACAUCUCAGUAUAGGAAAUAAGCUUUCCGUUUACUUGGUUACAUCUCAGUAUAGGAAAUAAGCUUUCCGUUUACUUGGUUACAUCUCAGUAUAGGAAAUAAACUUUCUGUUUACUGGAUGACAUUUUAGCAUAGGAAGUAAGCUUUUUAUUUUCAUGGUGACACCUCAGUAUAGGAACUAAGCUUUCGGUUUACAAUUUUUUCAACAUCCAAGUUUAGAAAAUUAGCUUUCUGUGUACAAUUCAUGCAGCAUCUCAUUAUAGGAAAUAAGCUUUCUGUUUACCAGAUGACUUCUCAGUAUAGUAAAGAAGCUUUUGUGUAUACCAGGUGACCCCUCUGUAUAUGAAAGAAGAUUUGUUGCCAAGAAGCUUUAAGUACCUCUUUUUAAUAACCACUUGAGUGUUUCUUAAACUUUUGAGGUACCUUCACACUAAAACAUGUCAUAAUUGAUGACUUUGUGAAUGAAAAAAAUGUUGCAAGUAGGCAAACUUUCUCUAGCAUUCAUUGUUGAUACCACUGUUAAAAUGGCUUGUUUUGUUGUUAAUCCCUUCAUUGUGAUAAAUUGAUAUACUUGUAUCAUGCUCGUAUAGAUUUUAAGUACAUAGUACAAUUUACGCAUUGUUAAACACAGAUUAUCUGUUACUGCCCUACAAGUGUUUCCCGGGCAGAUAAUUAGCUGUUUAUAAGCCAUUUAUAUUCAAUGUUGAAUUAAGAUUCUCCAUUCUCACAAGAUUCUAAUUUGGUGUAAAAACUACAAAUAUGUCAUUCAUACAAAUGCUAUGUAUAGUGAUGAGUUAGUUUAUCCAGUUAAAAGUUUCCUGUGUAUUAUAAACAUUACGACAGUGGUCUGCCAUGUAGUGUUUUGCUCUGUAAGAGAAAAAUGUUGAAUUAUGAUGCUAUUUUGUCAACCAGGUUUACCCAAAUCAUGUAUGGAUACCGAGAUGAAACCAACCAAUGUCUAAACAUACUCUGAUAUUAUUCUUGGUUUUCUUUUAAGUACUUUUCAAGUACCUUCUUAAUAUCUUAAGAUGUUUGACUGGUCCUCACAAAUCUUAAAGAAUCACAUUACAUUGUAUGUACAUUUAUACUUCUGACAUACUUAAGAUUGUUUUUGUUAUUACUUGAAUUGUACUGUGAUUUAUUAUAAGAUAUCGGUCGAUAUUUUUUUCCGGUCAAUAAAACCAUGUAUCAACCUGAUUAAAGGCUGUAAUUGUAUGUUAUUUUGUAUGUCUUUUUUCAUAGAUGGCUAUUUCAAUGCUCAGUUCAGUGUUAAUCUUCAGAAACAACUAUAGAUCAGCUAGAAGUUUCUGUUUUAAAUCUGGUUCCCUGUCUGAAAACUAGGUUAAUUCGUAAGACCAGUGUUAACUUUUGUCAUUGUUACCUUAAUGUACUGAUUUGGGGUACCCCUUACAAGUGUAUUGUUGGGGUACAAGCUGUUGUUUCUGUGUUACUGAGACACAAAGAGAUAUGUUUCUCUAUAAUUUGACAGAAUGGAAGACUUGUACUACUGGCAGAUUGUAAAGUUUCUGAGUUAUAAACAUACACCAUAUUGAUAGCUUCCUCUGUAAUAAAAUACUUUUGAGUACUACUGUU